GUCUAAUCAGCAUGCCUAUUGCACAACAACAGCAAACAGAACCGCAAGAGGAGACCAAACCUCCUCCUGUCGACAAUAAGAAGUAUGAACCACCGUUCGGCACCGUUGACUGGCUCUACUAUUGGGCCAAGUUUGAAGGCCAGAUGCCGACUCCUAUAGAUGUGUCUUUAACGGGCUCUAUGACCUAUUUAUGUCCGGAGCUAAAAUGGUACAACUUUAACGUAUAUGCUCACAAGAUAAAGUUGACCAACACCGGUUAUACGAUAUUGCUAGGAGCAAAAUGGAUGACAGAACGUCCAUACCUUGAAGGCGGAUGCUUCAGGGACAAGCACGUGAUAUCGCAAGUCCACUUCCACUGGGGAGCCGACAUGAUGGAGGGCAGUGAGCACACGGUCGACAAGAAGCGGUAUCCGGGGGAAAUGCAAGUAACAUACUUCAGAGCCGAAUAUAUCACACAACAAGAGGCAUUGCAGCACGAAGAUGGUGUCGUGGUUGUUUGCUAUAUGAUAAAGUAUGGCGUAAAUCCAGACGUCCGCUUGGAGCGCAUAAUUGAAGGGUUUCCUCGGUGUCGACCGCCCAAAACCACGACUCGCAUAGGGCCCUACCCUAUGUCGCUCCUAAUGCCAAUGUUUUACGAAGACUACUUCCUUUACUGGGGUCGGUUAGCUACAGUAAAAGGAGACAGCUAUACUGUCAGGUGGCUGGUGCCGAGGGUGACGAUGUUUGCUUCUUUUGAACAGAUGAAUAAGUUCCGCAAACUUUGGGACCCGUGGGACGAGCCCAACCUCGGCAACUUCAAGCCGCUGCAAGAACGAGGCCAGUUCGUCAUAGCAGAUGAUGAUAACCCGCCCGUAGCUUUUGACAGACACAUAUGGUGCAUAAAUCCCCAUUGGAAUCUUUACAAUUCCACGCUGCCCAUCCCAAGAGUCCCCGAGAGAUCAAUUUCGAUACUUUCACCGGAAUACAGAACCAAGUGGUGGAUGCUUCCGCCCCAAAAUGAGUAUAUGAUUACAGAAAUGAUAAGUGAACAGGAGAAUGCAGAAAAUAAAGAAACUGCUGCUUGACAUCCGUAGAACUUAUAGUACCUAAGUACAGUA